UCAAUGCAUUAAUUGCCAUGUUUAUUUUUGCAUCAGAACUGAAAAUCUGAAAUUUGAUAUUUUAUUUCUAAAUAACAAAUAAUGAGUUCUGCAAUAAAUAAAAUGGAUUCCAAUUUUACUGAAUAAGGAACAUGCCAUUGUUACAGGUAUGUGGUUGAGCUUUUUCACCGCUGCCGGAAUCCCUUCGGAUGUGGCUGCUACAUAUGCUCUUACCUUCACAGAGAAUAGAAUCCAAAAUGAUAUGCUGAUGUAUUUGAACAAGGAGUAUCUCAAAGAUAUGGGCAUAACAAGGAUGGGAGAUGUUAUUGCUAUACUCCGUCAUGCUUUACGAGUCCAUGAGAGCACAGCACGAGACAAGGUAUUGAGCUCAACGGUCACAAAUAAAGUACCAGUUGCAGCAGUCACUGGCCGCUCCACAGUAUCUCAGUCUUCUUCUCCGGCUAGCCGUAUAUUAGAGCAUUACACUCGCAAUCCGCAUGUACAAGAAUCGUCGCCACCGAAGUCAUUGCAACAAAAGAGAAAACUCACAGAUGUUGGGCUUGAGACUGACAGCAACAAUAUAAAGAAGGCCCGGCUCAUUCGUUUUUCAUCGCCACCACAGUCCUCUGUGAAAGAAGUUCCACAGACUGUUUUCAACAAGCAGACAGUUUUUUCGCGACUCGGAAACUCGGAGCCGACCAAAGUUGCGUCCACAAAGGCUGCUGUGAAGCCAAUAUACUCGAGACUAGGCUUAAAGUCUGAUAGUGAAGAGGAGCCCAUAAUACCGAUACAGAAGGACGCCCUGAAAUACAAAGGCAUACUGAAAGCACCGAUCGUACCAAAAAAAGUGGUUACUGUCACCACGUCAAAGAACAAUGUGAGGAAGAUAGCCAUAGGGUGCACCAUGAGGGCGGACGAGGCUCCGGUCAGCGUAAAAGAUAAGUUAGCAUUACCUAAGUCUAAGUCUGUAAAGUUUUCCAGUCACAUUGAGUAUAAAGAAAUUGAGAUGAACAAGAAAUGUCUAGUCAACCCGAAGGUCACGUCACAGAGGUUCACACCAGUGUUUAACAAGCCAGAGAGGAGGCUGUCUAUGCCGGAAGGGAGUAAUGGAGUUAAAGCCAGAUUAGGUAAUAAGAGUGCUAACAAUUUUACGAUAACAAAAAAUGUAUUUAAUAGGCUCGGUGUCUGAUUACUUUAGGCACUGCUGUUCUUUUUUUAUAUUUAAAUAUUGUUCUACGAUGGAGUAAGUAUUCUCAAGAAGAGGUAGUUGUAUAUAUAUAAAGACAUCCUCCUUGCUAAGAAUUGUAUUGACACCAAUUUUUUUAAUUUACACGGUACAGAGGAAUAACACUGAGUAUACUGUUUCGUUAUGAUACCCCCCAUGCGUUGCCAUUCCUGAGGACUCAGGUGUUAUUCCUCUGUACCCAGUAAAUUCACGCCAUAUCCCACCCUUCAAACCGAAACACAGCUAUGCAAACACAACUGCUUCACGGUUGAAACACGAAUGGGACAGAGGUACCCAAGCAAUGGACUUUUGUACAAAGUCUCCCUCUGGUAAAUGAGGUGACGUUAAUAGUGUAUAUAACAUAUAUUCAUUGGCUGCAAGCUUCAUCAUCCCUCUAAAUUGUUGAUAUUUAAAAUAAUAUGAAUGAUUAAAACCUUUUAUUGUUUACUUUAAAGAAUAAUAUAGAUUAUGAAGAUUAAUAAUAUGUAUACAAAAGAUAAAUUAAUUAAAUAUAUUUAAUUAACACAAUUAAUUAAUUAUAGUCUUUUUACUUAAUUAAAGCGAGAUAAAUAGGUAACAGUGGACGGUCUUAUCGCUAAGUAGUGAUAUGAUAAUGUAUAUAUUUUAACUAUACAUACGAAAAAAUCUGAAUUAACUUUGAUUAGCUUUCUCUAUCUAUGACACCAUAGCCAUACUCCGUUAUGGCGAAUGCAAACAAUGGCGAUUUUAAGUAGUACAUUCUGUAUACAGUUUUUUUUAAACUAUAGUUUUAGCAUAGCUUAUUUUUCAAUAGACUAUCAAAUUAUGUUUUAUUUAAAGUGUGUAUGAUGAAAAAUUACAAAAAAAAAAAACAGAAAAUUGCGAAGUUGUGAUUCUUAGCAUGGAUGGUGUCAUUCAACAAGAAAUUUAUCAAUAUCAUGGACUUUAUUAACACCAUACUUUAUUAGUUUUAAUAAGUAUUUUUUUAUAAGAUUACAAUGGAAUGGUAGCCCUUACUAUCCUAUUGGUACACGCUGCCUGGGCACCAGUCAAAUGAUGCGAGAGAGAAUGAAUUUAAGUCAGAUGGUUCAUUGUGAUGAAUUUAUCAAAGGUUUCCAGGGGGGGCACGUGGAGGACGACCUGAUGGGGUGAAUUGUUAUUAACGGGCUCGCUAGUCCCCAUUACUAACAAUCCUUUCCACCUGGUAAUAAGUAUCAAUACCUAGAGGUCCUGGAUUCAGCUCCUGGUACAAACAGUGAUUACUACGACUUUUCGUUAUGCACCCAUGAGAUAGAAUGACGGCACGUCUUGCGUCUCUUUUUCUCAUCGCUUAGAUACUGUAGGGUAAACGUAUUAACACUUGCCAAAAGACCCAUUUCAUGCCACAAACGGCGACUAACCAUGCGCAUUUGUUUUUGUUUGUAAAUUUUCUGUUAAGUUGUAUUAAUUUUAUUAACAGUCGUAGUUGUUGGCAUUUAGUGGAACUUUGUACACGUAUUCAUAUUGUUAGAAAAGACACUCGUACAUAUGUUUGUCUCCAAACAUAUUGUGCAAGAUUACAUGUAUUUUUCUAAUAAUAUCAAUAAUUAGAAAAUAAUAUUAAUUUUUAAUAAACAACUCAUUUAAAUAUAAUAUUGUUAAUGUAUUAUGUAGUUAAGAGAUCAUGGCAAAAUAGAAAUAAAUGGACACAUUAUUAUACAACAGCCAUAUUAGUUUAUUUAAAUUAUUCUACAAGUCUAUUUGGUGCAGUCAGGACAAUAUUAUUAGAUAUUUUGGAUUACCAAAUUAAUUUUACAACUGAAGUAUUUUAUUAUAUUUCUCAUUUUAUGUUUAUUGCAUGUACGACUCUUGUAAGGAACACGCGACUUUGAUAAAAUAUAGUGACAUCUUACUUUAUAUUUCCGUAUUUUAGAAAUAUACUAUUGAGAAACUACAACACUUGUUUUCUUUAUAUAUAUUUUUUCAUUCGAAUUUUAAAGUUAUUCCCGCCUUUAAGAGCGUUUAUAACUCUAGGUUAUUGAAGUGUGGCAACGUCUUAAUUAUGUAUUAUUUAAAAAAAAAACAAUGUUUAUGGUUUAUGACUAUUAUUUUUAAAACGUACGUUUAUUUUUUAUUCGAUGUCUAAUAUAAUGUUUAUGACUGUUUAAAAAGUUCUUUGUUAGGACACUAAAACGUUGGUCAUGCAAUAAUAGUCUUAAACUGUCAUUGCAAAUUUAAAUUUUAAUAGUAAUAAUUUAUUUUAAAAAUUCCUAAACAAAAUAUAAAGUAAGUGCAAAGUUUUUACUGGUAGAUUUAUAUGCAACGUAUUCUAGGAUUCACGUUUUAGUUCGUAUGCAGAUAACUUUAAAUAAGUCAGUCGGAAACAUUGAAAUCAGUCAAAUUGUUUUUGAAAAUCGACAGAUAAUUGCGAAGUUUUUAAUGUUAUAAACGUUCUAAAGUUAUAAACGUUCUUAAUUGAUUUAUUAUAGGUCGAAAUUUUCAAAUAAUAAUUUAAAUAACUUAGUAUAACGUACAUACGUACAAAGUUUGAAUUCCGAAACAAAAAAUUGUUUAUUACCAAUGAUAAAUUUACUAUUCGCCCGGUCAUGGCCCCGAAACUACCUCAGCAUUUGAUCUUUUUUUAUGUACAUAUAAAAUAUAAUGAAGAGACAAAAUAACCCAUGGACAAAAUCAGUCAUAGAUUGGUAUCCAAGAUGUGAAACACGAAAGCAAGGACCCCAGAAGAAUAGACGGCAGGUGACAUUAAAAGAACAGUAGAAAAGUGUAAUGUAUGAAUGUACCAUCAAUAUUGAUAUAAAUUAUAUAUUUCUGGUGUGAAUAAAUAUCUUUUUGUCGUGGAUUAUAUUGAGUAGCAGCAAGACGUGUUUUAUUUCUGUAAUAGUUAUAAAUACUACGAUAAGGCGAGUACAUACUUUUUAAAAAGUUAUGGAGAGAGAGUAAUGUGAAAUGAUAUUGAGUAGACAAAGGCAAAGAUACAAAGACAUAGUU